GUUUGACACUUCCGCGCCUGCCUGCCUGCUUGCUUCGUUUUUUUCCUCGCUGUUGGUUGACUUGAAAAACAUAACCUCUAUGCUAAUGCAUAUUUUUGAUAAAACCAUGCAUUAAACCAUUGUUUUGAUUAUUUUCUGUUCCGUUUAACUAAAAGUUGAAUAAACAAGUGUUUCAGAUGAAGUCAAAAUCUUUUGAUUUGAAGCGGAGUCCCGCUGAGAAGGUCAAACACAACAAAACUUUUGACUUUAUUUCUUUAUAUAAAUCAGCGGCAGAUACCGUUAACGUAGCUAUUAACGAGAGUGGAGAUGGAAUUGACAAAGAGAACAGUUACAUCAAAUCUCAAAAUGAGACUCCACGACAGGAUUCGUCUCAUAAUAAGAAAAAGAAAAGAAGCAAGCAUGAACCUUUGGACAUAUCAAGAAUCAACAUUGAAGGACCAAUGUUGGAGCCUAACUUAAGUAAUUCUCCACUUAAUCAGUCGAAAGCAACAUCGACUCCACGUCCUUCAAACAAUGACAAAAAUCAUGUGAAGUCUAUUAUGAAAAAUUCUAUUGUUGAGGAUACUGUGGACAGUUCCUACCAGUACCAUAACAGUAAUCCGAAAAAACGGAAUAAGUCUGUAAGUUUUAUGCUUGAGGAUAAUGAAGAUGUUGUUCCUAAGAAAACUAAAUCUGAAGAAUCCUUGGGCACAGGUAAGAAAAAGCAUAAAGAUCAGUCAAAACCUGCUAAGGAAGCAAAAACAGACAAUGUUCAUGAAAGAAAGCCUAAAAAACUGAAAAAGCAACAAAUGGAUAAACACAAAGUUGCUGAAAAUAACAAUACUGUGGAAACAGAUCCCAUGGAAAGUUCUGAAAAAAAAGUGGACUUUGUUAUUAAUGGUGAUGCUGAUGGCUCUUCAAUGAGCAAUGAAAAUAAAAAACUAGACAAGAAGAAAAGGGUCAAGAUUUUUACAAAUCAGAAAAGAUCUGAAAUAAAAGCUGCAAUGACAGAAAAAAAUAACAAUGAGGAAACUAGUGAUAACAAAAAUAGGAAAGUCAAUAAGAAAAAGCGUAAAGAGAAACCAACGAAGCCUACUGAUGGAGAAAUUGAUGAACCAGCAGCUAAAACUCGCAAAAAGGAAGUCGUACCGGAGGUUAUUGCGGAGAAUCUUGAGAACCUUACUAUUGGAGAUAAUCCGCACACUCUGACCAGCUUGCUUGAUGAAAUGACAGUUGCUGACAAAGGCAAAAAGAAAAAAAAUAAACGAAAACAAAAGAAAGAUAAAGUAAAUAGUGCUGAAGUGGAGAAUACUGAAGUUAAAGAGAAGGUGAAAUGGGGGAAGAAGUGGAACAAAGCAAAAAAGGGAGGUGUCUCCCACAUGAAAUCUUCUGUGGAUGUUGAAAACUUACCACUGUCUUUAAUCUGCAGUUACAAGCAAGUACUAGCCGAACGUUUUGAGAAGUAUGGUGUUAUUAAAAAAAUUGGGGUUGCUGAAGUUUACCCACGCGAGUGCACUGGGUUCACAACCACAGUGCAUUUCGAAACUGAAGCUGCAGCAACAGCAGCUCUCUCCGAAGAUGGCGCUGUCGUCAACGGCAACAGUAUACUGGUGAAGAGGCCGCUGCCUCCCUCUGAGACUACCCUGGUAGUGCGGUCGUACGCCAUGUUGUCCGACCAGAGCAUCAGUACCACGUUCAGUGAACACGGACGCAUCAGGAAUAUCAGGAGACCGAGCAAAGGAAAGAAGAGUAUGGAUACGGUGUUCAUUGAGUUCGAUGGUCCCCGGGCGGUGGAGCGAGCAAUCGAGCUAUCAAAAGGCGCCAAGGUGGCCGGCAAGCAGAUCCACGUGGCCAAGUUCGAGGUCAGGAAGAAGAAGGUAAAGCCUGCGAAGGCCAAACCUGUUGAAAACGACGGAGAAGCUGACAGCGAAGAUUCGAAUUAAUUACUCCUGUGCCAAUGACCAUUAACACAUGACCACUGUCUACCUACCGAUAGUUGAAAAGACGCAUUACAACACUAGCUACCCGACUCGGAUUCGCAUGAGGUCUCCGCGAAUAAAUUUUCCAAAUAACAAGAGAGUAUUGCAUCAAAAUACGUUGCGUGGUGCGAGUUUGUUUUCCAUAAAGAGAAAAGGUACACUAUGUACUUUUCUUUUUUUGUCUAUAUACUAUUAUUAUAAAGGUGUAAGCGUUUGUGACUUUGUGAGUUUAUAUGUUUGAGACGGUUAAUCUCCAAAACUAUCGAAACGAUUCAAAAAAACUACUGCAAGGAAUUUCAUGCAAUUUUCACCAAUAGAUAAUGUGACAGUUCGUUGGACAGCCAGUGAAUAGAAUGAACAUCGCUCGCUUGGUGUAAAUCCGCCUUUAGACAUACAAUAGUAUAAUGACAACUCGCACUAGACGCUCAAGACAUCAAACGCAUGCGCGCAGAGCACUCUAAGCGAACAUUGAAAUAUGAACUUUAUGACUAUCGACAGAAGGUGCAAAAUUAAAUACAAGUCAAACGUAGUGCUCGGACACACGUGAUUGCAUAUUUUGCUCUGUAUGCGUUGAUAUUUCAGUGUUCUCAGAAAUAAUGUGUGCUCUCUUUAUGUGAAAGUUAUUCUGAACCUUCUUCCCAAAUAACAAUUUUUGUAUAAAAUAUCAGAUUUCCACUUUUUCCAAAUGCACGCAACUAUUUUGAAAUGUGACAUUAGUGUCACCAAUCAAGAUGUGAUAGAAUGACAGACUAAGUCUAAUUUUCACAAUGAAGCUAGCGACACGAAUUUAUAAUUAAUUUCUGAUCCAAAUGAUAAAAAUCAUCAGGUGGCGAAACUUCUUUCUUAAGACUAACUAAAUGAAAUUGAGGCUUUUGUGUAUUAAAAGCUAAUAAAGGCAAUUCAAAAACUAAAAACUUACCUGUACACAUGAAAAAAAACAAUAAAGUUAUGGAAAUUUCACUAUUGUGGUAUUAGCUUGGUCCGUGAUAAUUUUACCUAUAAUUCGAUUUUACACUGUAUUAUAAUUACUCGAUUAAAAUAAAAUCAAAUUUGAGACUCUGUUCACAAAGUACUAACUUUAACUCACCCAAUGGUGAAUUGCACCGGUCGACUUUGACGUUAACUUUAACCUGUCCGCUAUACUCUGUUAAAAUGCAAAAGUAAGGUUAUAAUGUCAUUCCACAAAAGUCCAGUGGCAUUAUGAGAAUCUAACAACAAUAGACCGGCCGAGUUGUUGUCAGCGACUGUAGCGCCGCGUCCAGGGACUUAAUUUGUACCAAGAACUAUAUAUGUAAACUUUCAUAAGGGCACAUCGAUUAUUUUUAGUAUUUUAAUUGUAUUUGUACAAAGACAGGCCAAAACUGGCCAUUAAUCGCGGAGAGGACCCACAGUCUGUCAUGAAAGUGAAGAACAACUAACUUUUUCACCAUUGCUAUACCAAAUGGAAUGGUUGAAUAAACACAAAGUGUUGCCAGCCAAUAGGAGACAGUGCCCUCAUUAUUUUUUGUCUCCUUGAUCCCUCUUAAUAGCAAAUUUUCCAUAAUAUUUACGAUGUUAUUCAUAAAAGUUAAUCAACCUGUUUCGGAUAUGUUUUAUCGCAUUCUUUUUCCAAAUAAAUAUGGAAAUUAGGACAAAAUAUAAAAUAAAUCAUUUGCUAUGAAUAAGACGGUUGGUUAGAUACCUUUAAUGUUUUAAAAAUACUUUUUAAAAUGGCAAUAUUGUUAAAAGUAGAAAAAAUCAUUGUUGUUUUGAUAAUGUAAAUAUGUUACUUGUCUUAACAGUUGUUUUAAUGUAGAUGUUGAUUCAAAUUGCAUUUUUAUUGAAAAAUAUUUAAUGGUUUACACUGCCCAUAUUUUUUUAAAUUAAGUAAUGUUCAGUGAUGAAUUGAAUGCAACAUGUUUUGUAUACCGAACGUGAUAUUAAAUAAAGGCCUUGUUAUACCGA